CACAGUUUUCUCGUCUCUCGUUCAUUUUCAUGAACCGAUUGAAAGCUUCAAACUUUCCUAAAAAAUGUGUCCCUUUUCUGUUUCGAGAAACAACCCAAUUCAGAUUCUUUUGACUUUCAACGAGAUUCAAACUGCAUCGAUCUAGCGAGAGAGAGAGAGAGAGGGGGGUUUCCAUGGCGAAGGAGGACGUGGAAAGGGGGCGACGUGAGAGAGACAGAGGAGACGCCCAUGGAGAAAUCUCCGACGUGCAAUCGACGUCGUGGGUAAUUCCGGCGGUAGUGAUAUCGAAUGUCGUCGUUUUCGUCGUGGUGAUGUACGUCAACGAUUGUCCCGGCAAGAGCCACCGAUGUCUCGCAAAGUUCCUUGGACGGUUCUCAUUUGAAUCGUUCAAGGAGAAUCCCCUUCUCGGUCCAUCCUCAUCGACGUUGAUUAAAAUGGGAGCACUGGCGUGGUGGAAAGUAGUUCAAGAGCACCAAGGUUGGAGACUAGUCACUUGUAUGUGGUUGCAUGCUGGUGUCAUCCAUUUGGUGGCAAACAUGUUGUGUGUGGCCUUCAUCGGAGUUCGCCUCGAACAGCAAUUUGGUUUCGUUCGAAUCGGGACAAUCUAUCUUGUGUCGGGUUUUUGUGGGAGCAUUCUAUCUUCGCUGUUCCUUCAGCAUAGUAUAUCGGUCGGUGCUUCAGGCGCUCUGUUCGGCCUUCUGGGAGCAAUGUUAUCAGAACUUCUAAUCAACUGGACAAUUUACGUUAACAAGGUUGCAGCUCUGAUAAUGCUCUUGGUGAUUGUUGGUGUUAACUUAGCGUUAGGGACUCUUCCUCGAGUCGACAAUUUUGCUCACAUAGGAGGUUUCUUGGGCGGUUUUCUUCUCGGUUUUGUCCUUCUGAUGCGUCCCCAGUUUGAAUGGGAGGCAAACCAACAAACUUUUCGGCCUGGUUCCCGUGUCCAAUCCAAGUACAACCUUUGCCAAUGCAUGCUCUGUCUCGUCGCUGCGAUUUUGUUUGCAGCUGGGUUUGCCUUUGGGUUGGUGAUGCUCUUCAGAGGAGUGAACUUGAACAGCUAUUGUAAGUGGUGCUAUAAACUCACCUGCGUGUCUAAAUCCAGAUUGAAAUGCUAACCUUUUUUAUCAAAGAAAAAAGGAAAAUUAAUGCCAUUUUCCCCAUCUGAUUUCGAAAUUUCUAAUUCUAAACUGUAGAUUAUUAAGUUUA